AUGAUCGGACACCUCUUCAGCAGCCGCAAAGGCUCCAGCGCCGCCCACGCGCCGCCGCCGACAGUGCUCGACUCGGCGACCGAGGAGAGCCACACGCGCCAUCUGCUGUACCCGGAGACCAGCACCCUCUACCACCCCGAGGGCCAGCCCUACCCUCUACACGCCGCGCCCCUGACGCCCGGCAGCGCCCACGACGGGCCUCUACCGGAGAUCGACCUCGACUACCCGCGCGACUGCCGCAUCAUCAUCGCCCAGGAUGAGACGCCCCAAAUGCCCAAGGCCAUCCUGUUCGACUCCAAGCCCGCCGCGCCGCGCCCCGAUCCGCCCACCUCACCCACCAUACGCGCGCGCGCUGCGGGCACAGCAGGGCCGACGUUUGGAGGACAGCAUGCCCGUCGCUCCUCCCUCGUCGCGGAGCCCACGCCGCCGCGCUCGCCCACGGUCGCCGGCUUCACGCGCAUACGCACCCGCGGCAGCUCCAUCUCCUCCAUGCCCAACAUCGACGAGCACGCCCAGGUCCAGGCCAAAGCCCAGGCGCGGGCCAAGGAGUCGACCGACCUGGCCAACAUCUGCCUCGACUGCAUGUUCGGCAACCUCGCCAUGAACUACCGCGGCAACUCCAACAAGAUCCACAUUGUGCCCCUCGACACCAAGCCCGCCGAUGCCUCCAUCCUGAGCACCAGCGUCCAGGAUGCGACAAGCUCUCUGGGUCGCGCUGAGGGCCUCCGCCGCAGAAGCCAUCUCGCCAAAUCCUUCACUCCUGCCAACCUCCCGACCGACAUGCCCCGCGCCGACUCGUCCGAGAGCAUACCGAAAGAGCCCAAGCGACGGACCAUCUUCAUUACACGCUUGUUCUCCGUCACCAUGCCGGACGAGGAUCACGACGACCGCACGCCGACACCGCAGAGCUCACUGCCGAAAGGCAAUGGGUUCCCUUUUCCGUCCACGAACGUCAAGCCAGGUGCCCCUAAGCCGCCAUACGCUUCACACGUGCGAAAGAGCCCCAUGUACGCCAUCACCAUUAUCCUCCACCUGCCCAUAUCGAACACGUCGCCGAGCCUGAGACCUUCGUCCCGUAGUGCCAACACCAGGACUCCUGCGCAUCUCUCUACCUCUGCCCCUGGACAGGAUUCUCUUGGUUCGUCACUGGACUCGGAUCGCCGCGCAGGAUGGGCCUUCAUCGACUCUAACCUGGGCGUCGAAUCACUCCUAUCCUCGUCGUUGUGUAGUGACGUCGAUGACCGCGUUGAUGUCGUAGGCCAGCACUGGGAUGUCAUCAUGCGCGCUCUAAGCAGCCUCCAACACGUAGUUCAGGAGCGCAUAUUGGCUCAGUUCAAGGCGCCGAAAUCACCAGAUGGCAUGGCCACACCUGUAGCCCACCACCAGAGAAACCAGCCUUCACGGACGAGUCUUCGAGACUCCUCUCUGCAGGCCAGUCGACGAGCCCUACGAUUGCAGCCGAACGCCCUCGUGAUGGACAAAGAGAUACGAGACGCAGCGGAGCUGACCGGCAAUCGCGUCGUAAGCGGCAUGAGAAUUCCCCGCGUAAUGACAGGUCAAGGCAAGUGGGGCGUGUGGCGCGAGGAGGCCAGAUGGCUUGGUCGCUGGGCAGGUCGACGAGAACAGAACUUCUUCUUCUUCAACUUGCUGACUGCUUUCCUCGGUAACCACACUGAAUGGCUCAACAUCCUGGGCCCCAGGUGGUACCGCAAGCGUCAUCGCGAACUACAGAAAGCAACUGCUGGAGAGAACCUCACCAUUCCGAGUCGCACUGUCAUUGUUUCCCCGGACAAGAUGGCUGCUCGGAGACUCAUCUUUCUAUUGGCGGCUUUUCUACCACCUAAUGCGUCUGCCAUGGGCGACAGCACGUACGCGCGCCCUGGCACCUCGGCGUCGCUGCGUGCUUACUCACAGUCGCCCCCGACCAACAUGCCGCCCUCAAGACAGCCAUCGCUAAGAAGACAAAUCAAGCGAGGACCGAGGGGUAAGCAGAGCAUGUCCAAUAUUCUUCUGCAGCCCCCGAAACCCCAGAGUGUGCAUCAGCCGUCUACGCAGGCUCUAGACGAACGUUCCGAAUCGGCCCUCGUUGAGACGUCGGAGCCUGUACGACCGCUCGGCCACUCGCGACGUUCCUCUGCACAUUCAGUUCGGACCACUCUAGUCGUCCCCUCGAUGUCAGAAGGCCCAGUCACAACAGGCAGUACUGUAACCACCUCGACAGCCACCCCACAAGAUGCGAUGCCUGUCGCUCACUUCACCUUCCCUAGAACAAAGUCGUCCGGCACCAUGCCUGACAUGAGACCAGAAAGCAGUGAUAGUCUGGCGUCCACCAACUUGAUCAGCACCCUACAACGGAGCGGUACAGGUCAGACAAGCCUUGCCAGCAACGAUUCCAGCAACACUAGUCGCUGGAGUGGCUUCAUGAACUUUUGGAGCGGCCGUCGCUCGUCCUCGACGGACCAAAGUGAGUACUUUCAAACGACAGAUGAUGGCGUGGGCUUUCGUGGGCAAGAGCGCCCUCGAUCGCAGCUCGAGCACAUGGUACAGGAACUUUCUAUGGACCGUGUCUUCGAGAGCGAUGCCGUCGAUUCUCCGUUCCCACCUGACUCCGGCGAAAAAGACUCUCUCAGUGUUUACUCUAAUGGUGGCACUUCCGGUGUCCCUGCAUCUGCAGCGCGGCCCAUACCCGAGCGUCAGAAGACUUUUGAAAGUCAUUUGAAAUUGUCAGUCAAUGAAAAGGAUGGCGUUAUCGACGUUGACCUGCCGCUCCCCGACUUCGACUCCCCUCUGCAGUCCCCACUGUUGGGAGGAUUUGGGUCAGCUUCAAGUCAACCGGGCUCCAGCUUUGGCGAGUCUUCUGUUCUAUCAACGCCUCACGGAGAGCCAGAGCAGCCUGUCAACGUUGCUGGGUGGCUGAGUCAAUUUCAUCCUGACUUCGCUGUUCAGGCUAUCAAACCAUAUCGCUACCUUGAACGAGACAUCAAGCGGGCAAUGAGCGCGGAGCCAACACCUUUGAGUACCGUGACCACACCUAGUCUGGAGUCUGGUCCACUUGAACGCUGGAUGGACAUAUGUUCUGCUCUUAUCGCUGACACGAGUUCCUUUUCGAUCAAGCGCAUCAGCUUACGACGCCUUGUCAAGCUGAUACCCACACCUACCUACCAGUCAUCGGCCAUGACGCCAGGCGUUACUGGUUUGGCACCCGGCCACUCGCGUUACGGCAAUCCGUAUACUUCAGGUAGCGCUGUUCCAAUGAUGACUGAAGUUCACCUCGCUGAAAAGUUCGAUGAGGAAAUCAUCAUGGACUUCGAUUCUACCCUCAUCGAUGGUGUGGACCGUGUACUGGCACAGUCUGGUGAAGUGACUCGUGUCAACUCUGCCCAGUCAUCACGAUCAAGCAGCAGAAGGGGUCGGCGCGAUACACGAGCGGAGUCAGAUGCGGUUCCACACGUCGAAGUACCGCAUGUUGACUGUAAAAGCGUGCUGUUCGAAGCGUUGGAAGUUGUCGUCAAAGACGUAGCCACUGAGCGCGGAGGUCGACAGCCUCCUAAGGAAGGUGGUCAUACAAAAACGACAAAGACAACCAAGACCUCUCACCCAAGAACCGAAAACGACUCUUCCCUGAAAGAGGGAAUUCGAAGGUGGCUGACAGAGGUCGAAUGA